GAAAUUAGUCGUAGUCUGAGAAUCAAACGAAAAGUCAAGAGCGUAUUUUUGUGUAUUUUAAAUUUUAAUAUUUUGAAGGCAUUACUAUGAGAUUAUUCUGCUUAAAACGCUAAUAAAUACGUUUCACCAUAUAAUAGACGCAUUUUGUCAAAUAAAAUGCUGUGAAAACACAAUAGCCUAUUUAAUAUGAAUAUUUAUUUUACUCCAAUGCGUCUAAUAACAAGAGUUACAGUGAAUUAAUUUUCUCUUCAAUAAUGCAUUUACACGAUAAAAUUUUCCAGUGGUUAGGGCAUAUUAAACUCUCUCGAGUUAUAUUAAUGGUGUCUGUGAUAUUAUUCCUAGUUCCUCUAGUUACUCAUUAUUAUUUAUCUAAGUAUGAAUCAUCUUCAACGCUGGGAUUAAAUGGAAUGCAUAAUUUAGAUUCAUUAGCUGAUAUAUCAACUGUUAAUGCAGAGGAUUUAAAACUUAGGAUAAAAGAAAUGUUAAGAAUUAAGGCGUCAGUGUCCACAGAACUUCGUGAAUUAGAAGAAAGACGAGGGCGUCUACAGAAAGAAGCAGCAUUAGCAAGCGCAAAGGCUGACAGCGUAAAGGCCGAAUAUGCUAGGGCUUCAGCGGAAUUACAGCGCUUGAGAGUGUCAGCCGAUCAAGCCAGACUGGCACAGCUGGAAGCCAUUCGUCGGGACUCCCCAGAAUUGGCCCCACCAGCACAAAUAUUACCUUCUAGGCCCCCCUCCAUCCUUCCCCCCAUAAAUCCUUCAUUAGAAACCAGUUGCCGUAUGCACUCAUGUUUCGAUCACUCCAGGUGCUCGCUUACUUCUGGCUUUCCGAUUUACUUCUACGACCCCGAUAUAUAUUCACCGUUGGCGAAUGCAGAGAUUGAUGGGUUCUUGAAAACCACAUUGCGACAGACGUUAAGUUAUAAUGCUCAUUUGACACGAAACCCGAAUGAAGCCUGCUUAUAUCUCGUGCUUAUCGGGGAAGCGUUCCCAAACACCAAGACUCUAUCCACAGAGCCAUAUAAAAUGCUAAACGAAACUGCGGUAAAAUCCCUCCCAUUUUGGGGUGGGGAUGGGCGGAAUCAUGUUUUGUUAAACUUGGCCAGGCGCGAGUUGUCUGUCGGUUCUGGUGAUUCGUUCAUGGGGUCAUCAACAGGGCGGGCGAUUAUCGCACAGUCGACGUUCACACUGGAACGAUUUAGACCAGGAUAUGACGUCAUAACCCCCCCUGCGUUGGGGCCACCAGGUGGUGACGUUUGGUCGGAAUGUGCUCCAAUGGCCCCAGCAAGGAGGAAGUAUCUUCUAAGUUUCCAGGGUUCACAUUCACCAGCGACCGCAUCAAACAAAGACAAUGACAUUCAAUUGAUUGAAUCACUCCAGAAUAUUGCCAAGGCGGCACCAUCUUCUGACAUCUUCUUCUUCCAAUUCGAAUGCGAUCCAUCAGUCGAAAGACGAGCAAUUCUGCCAAUUGGAGAUUGGGCGUUAUGCGGAACAGACAGGUCCAGACAAGCGAUUCUUCGCGAGUCUACCUUCGUCUUGAUAUUGGCACCUUCGGACCAGAAAUACGCUUCCACAGCUCUCUUGCAGGCGAGAUUGUAUGAGGCGUUGCGUUCUGGUGCUAUUCCAGUUAUCCUGGGUGGGGAUAGAUUAAACUUGCCGUAUGAUGAGGUCUUAGAUUGGCGUCGGGCGACAUUGUCUUUGCCCAAAGCUAGGUGUACGGAACUGCAUUUCUUGCUGCGAGCCUUGUCGGAUGCGGAUUUACUGGUGUUUAGGAGACAGGGUCGGGUUCUGUGGGAGAGAUACAUGAGCUCGUUGCAGGCGAGCGUCGAUACACUGUUAGCGGUGAUAAGAACGCGUCUGAACAUCCCAGGUAGACCAGCUGUGGCAUCGAUGGGUAUGCCGGCGUUCAAUGAGUCCUACUAUCCAUCGAAGGUGGAACCUCCAGCUGUUGACUCCGAGCCGGAGGAGACCUUAGGCCCCCUUGAGGCGCCCUACCCCAGUCCAGCAUAUAGACGGAACUACUCCCUCAUUCUGCUGCACGGUUAUGAGAUGUGGAACGAUUGGGGGGAGCCGUUCUCAAUAUACCCCCAGUUGCCCUGGGAUCCUCCGGUGACGUCCGAAGCGAGGUUUUUGGGUUCGGCGGCUGGGUUUAGACCUGUGGGGGCGGGGGCUGGUGGGUCAGGGAAGGAAUUUAGUGAGGCACUGGGUGGUGAUAGACCCAGGGAACAGUUCACGAUAGUGAUAUUGACGUAUGAAAGAGAGGCGGUGUUGGCAGCAGCACUGGCUAGGUUGAGGGGGUUGCCGUAUUUAAAUAAGGUGGUGGUAGUGUGGAAUGGUGUGACCGGUCCCUCUCCAUCAAUGACCUGGCCAGAAUCCGGGGCUCCAGUGGCGGUUGUUAGAACUCCGCGGAACUCUUUGAACAACCGUUUCCUUCCAUAUCACCUCAUUGAGACUGAGGCUGUAUUGUGUGUGGACGACGAUGCCCAUUUACGACAUGAUGAAAUCGUUUUCGCUUUCAGAGUGUGGCGUGAACAUCGCGACAGGAUCGUUGGUUUUCCGGGACGAUACCACGCCUGGGAUCUGAACUUUAACAACGGGUUCCUCUACAAUUCUAAUUACAGCUGUGAGCUCAGCAUGGUUUUAACUGGUGCGGCCUUUGUCCAUCGUUACUAUCUCUGGGCCUAUUGGCGUGUACUCCCAGCAGCGGUGAGGGAUUAUGUCGAUGAAUAUAUGAAUUGCGAAGACAUCGCUAUGAACUUUUUGGUCGCGCACAUCACCAGGAAGCCGCCCGUUAAGGUGACGUCACGAUGGACCUUCCGCUGUCCCGGAUGUCCGGUCACGCUCUCGGCUGACGAAACACACUUCCACGAAAGGCAUAAAUGCAUACAAUUCUUUUCCCAGGUGAUGGGCUACACUCCACUUCUCUCGACACAGUUUAGGGCUGACUCGGUUUUAUUCAAAACCCGAAUACCUCACGACAAGCAAAAAUGCUUUAAGUUUAUAUAAAAUCCUUUUGUACGAAUAUUUUGAUAGUAUUUUAAAAACCAUUUCAGUUUUAUUAGUGAUUAUGGAACCAACAAGUCAAGAACGCGCCAAAACGCUCUAGACAAGAUGGCGUCGUGGCAUACAAUGCUUGUAAACUGAUAAAUGUCAAUUUUACGUGUCAAUUGUCAUUCGGACAUUAUUAACAGAGACGUCAUCGAUCAAGCAAUAAAGAUUAAAAAACUGCGUCAAAAAUUAAUAUUAUCUCAAGUGCGGCUUUAGAAUUUAAACGCAUUUUAACCGACGUAGUAAUGGAGGAGGUUAUUAAUUCGAUAUAAAAAUAAGACCGUAUACACAAGUUGAUAUUAGUACGUCUUUGACGGGGUAAACACGGACCGCGUUGUAGUAUUCUCGUUUUUUGAACAAUUCAAAAGGCACACGAAUUAAAUGAAGUUAUUUGGUACGCGGUACGCGAAACUAAUUAUGGACUUGACAAAUCAUUAUAAAUUUCACUAAAGAAAUAUAUUGAGAAAUCUCCGCGUUAUGUGGGGGCCAUACAUUCUAGAAAAUUGAUACAAGCCGCCCUAUAAACAUAUAUUUCUAGGACGUAAUUUUUUUUAUCCCGUUUUACACAUGGACAACGCCAUCUGUUGUUUAAUACAUGAGUGUAUAUGUAAAUGUAGAUGUCGCAGGCAACUAGCUUAAUUAGCCGUUCAAUUAACAGCAUAGCCGUUUGUUUAUGCUCGCUCUAUUAUCUAUAACUACCAGUGUUGCCAACUCGGAUUUUGAAAAUUACGUAUUUCAGAUAAGAAAAUCUUUAGUAAAAAUUGUAUAGGAAAAGUUAGUAGAUCUACGUCCGUACGUAUUUUUUAUGAAUGAAAUGAAGAGGGGUAGGGUAGUUAAAACUGAAGAAAACCUAUUUUUUUUCUGCUAAAUUUACUUUUUGUAUAAAGUAACCUAGUGAGGGUUUCAAUAGGUCUGUUUCUGAUGUUAGUUUUCAUCAAGUUUAUUGAAGAAAAAAGUUUUUCAGCAUUUGGCCUAUACCUAUCUGACCUAUCGGUAAUGUUUAUUAAUAGCUUUUGUGUAAAUUGGGACAAGAGUUGCAUCUCCUUUUUUUAUUUUGGAAAUAUGACGCCAAAUCUCAUCUGCGUUGAUUAGCUGAUCCUCUAGAAAUGGAAGAUUUGUGAUUCUUAAAGUUCUACAUUCCCGGUCUAACUUUGUGAAAUUUGUUGGACAUUAAAUACGUAGAUCUACGUAAAAUAUUGGCAACGCUGUACAUAACUAAAUACAUACAUUUACUAUAUAUGUUUUGUUGUAAUUACUAGUCUUUGUAUUUUUUAUAUCAAUUUAUUUUUAUUAUUAAUUAACCCGCUGUAAAUAUGUAUAAUUUGUAUAUACUACAUAUUUUGAUAAAAGCUUUAGAUACGAGUAAGAUUUAAUUGAUUGUUGUAUCAUUUUUAGAUGAAUUACAUAAAUACUAUAAGAUGAAUAAAUAAUUGAGUGAAA